CAUCGGGGCAGUAUUGUCGUCGGUCGUCUACUUUGGAUUACUCCAAAUAAAUAAAAAACAAAAAAUGAUCCUUUCACGUGGUAAAACGGAUUCGGCCAAUUCUCGGCAUAUUCAAAGUGCAACCACAGUCCAACAAGCGAAAAAAUCCCUACCCACUUUAGAGGAUUUUAUAUUGCAACGAGAUUAUACCGGAGCACGGGCAUUCCUUGAGUUCGGUAACGAAGAAGACGAUGAUGAACGUAAACUACUAACUGACCAAUGGAUUGCCUUCUGCAGCUUCCAUUUGGGCGACUAUCAACAAGCCCUAAAUCAGUAUAAAACCAUAAAAUCCUUGGAGCUACUCAACACCACCGAUGUUAAUCUAAAUGUCGCUGUUUGCAUGUUCUAUUUGGGUAUGUACGAGGAAGCCCAUCAGAUGAUGGAACACAUACCAAAUACGCAACUGAAGGUGCGUCUAUUAUUUCACUUGGCCCACAAGUUCAACAACGAAGAACAACUGAUGGCAUUGCAUGAAUCACUGCAGGAUGUCGUUGAAGACCAACUGAGUCUUGCUUCGUUGCAUUACCUACGGGCGCAUUAUCAAGAGGCAAUCGAUAUUUAUAAAAGGAUUCUACUAGAUAACAAAGACUACUUGGCACUGAACGUUUAUCUAGCCCUGUGCUUCUACAAACUAGACUACUAUGACAUGUCCCAGGAAGUGUUGGACGUCUAUUUGGCCAAGCAUCCGGACAGUACAAUUGCCAUCAAUUUGAAGGCCUGCAAUCGUUUUCGUUUGUUCAAUGGACGUGUCGCCGAGCAGGAGAUUAAGAACAUCGCCGACAAUGGAACAUUCGGCGCGGACCUCAUCAAACACAACCUAGUGGUGUUCCGGAAUGGUGAAGGUGCCAUGCAAACGUUUCCGGCAUUGUUGAAUAUUGUCCCAGAGGCACGAUUGAAUUUGGCCAUCUACUAUUUGCGUAAUGGCGAUGUCCAGGAGGCUCAUAGUCUUAUGAAGGAAAUCCAGCCAACAGUGCCGCACGAGUACAUUCUUAAAGGGGUUGUGCAUGCAGCUUUGGGCCAACAAUUGGGUUCCAAAGAACACAUCAAGACAGCACAACAAAAUUUGCAUUUAGUUGGUAGUUCAGCUACCGAAUGCGACACUAUACCUGGCCGACAAAGUAUGGCUUCGGCUUUCUUUCUUUAUCGCCAAUUCGAAGAGGUCCUUGUCUACAUGAAUUCGAUUCGAAGCUAUUUUGUAAACAACGACACAUUUAACUACAACUACGCUCAAGCCAAAUGUGCUACCGGCUAUUAUCGAGAGGCGGAGGAAUUGCUGGUGCAUAUUACCGAUAUGGAUAUAAGGAAUCAGCACACAUAUUGCAUGGUACUGGCCAAGUGUCAUAUUCAUGCCGGACAUCCGGAACAGGCCUGGAAUCUAUUCAUAACCCGUGACACUAAUUCAGAAGCUUUUCUACUUCUUCAAAUGAUUGCCAAUGAGUGUUACAAAUGUGCUGAAUUUUGGGUUGCAGCUAAGGCAUUUGAUAUGCUUGAGAAAUUAGAUCCCAGUCCAGAACAUUGGGAAGGUAAACGUGGAGCUUGUGCUGGGACACUAUAUGCCAUUGCAGCUGAUACUGAUCAAGGUAAACCACCAAAUGGUGUUGGAGAUAUUAUAUCACUUCUACGCGAGUCAACUAAUCCACAAGCUGAAGUUAUGAUGAAGACAAUUAGGAAGCAUUUGAAUGUUUUUAAAUAAAGUUAAAAUGUUAUAAAUGUGUA